AUGUUUGUGCUGCCAGGUGUCACCUGUCCUGCAGCGCCCUACUACCCUGCAGUGCUCGGCUCGCGCCCUGCUAACGUGCCCCUACACCCUGCCCGCUCCUACUACGCCUGCAGUGCCCUGUUACGCCCCUGCUACGUCCUGCUACACCCUGCUACGUCCUACACACCUCCGCUGCUCCUGCUACACCCUGCAACGUCCUGCUACACCCCUGCAACGUCCUGCGGCCUCUACUACCCCUGCAGUGCUCCGCACUGCCUGCUACUGAUAAAUAAGGGUCAGUGUGUGUCGAAGUACUACCGGUGGAUCCAGAAGAACAGCGGUUACAUCUGGAUCCAGUCGAGCGCCACCAUCGCCAUCAACGCCAAGAACGCCAACGAGAAGAACGUCAUCUGGGUCAACUACGUCCUCAGUAACCACGAGUAUAAGGACACGCCCAUGGACAUCGCCCAGCUGCCCAACCUGCCGGAGAAAACCUCAGAGUCCUCCGAAACCUCAGACUCCGAGUCCGAGUCCAAAGAAAACUCCGAUAAUGAGAAUGCCAAGUCCGAGGGGAAACCGGGCCACCAAUCAGAACGCGAGGACCCGGAGACGGACAGCAAGCGUCAACAACAGCCCGGCCAACCACAUUGCUCCUCCGAACAGGAAAUGAAGCGACAGGAGGAAGGAGACAGCUCGAGUAACCCAGAGAGCCAGGACAGUGACGAUAGUCUGGAGCCUUCGGAUGCAGAGGGGGAGGAACAGGAGGAGGCAGGAGGAGGAGGAGGAGGAGGAGGAGGAGGAGGAGGAGGAGGAAGGCUGGGGAGGUUAGCAGGACUGGGAGGGUUGGGCGCUUUGGGCGCCAUCGGAGGACUCGAUAAUCUGGGCGGGCUUCACAUUAAAGUAGAGCACUAUGGCGACGGAGAAGAGGUUCAGCUGCACAACUCGCAAAGUUCUUCAUCGGAGGAGGAGGAGGAAGAGGAGGAUGACCAGGAGGAGGAGGAGGAGGAGGAAGACGUAGGCGUGCAAGAUUGUGACAGCGCCAACGCCGGAAGCAAGCUCCAGAAGAGGCGAAAGAGGAGGAAAGUGCAGAAAUGGGACGGAUCCCGAAGCAGGAGGAUCCGUCUUUCCUCGACCUCGCCGAGCCCAGUCGCCAUGGGAGACGCCGCGGCGCCGCUGGUCGACCCCUCCCAAGCCGCUCCCGCGAACUCCUCCCACCUGCUCGCCACGGGCUCCUCCCCCCCGAACGGCGCAGCGGCCGCCACGUCCUCGGUGUUGAAAAUCAAGACGGAGAUGGCGGAGCCCAUCAACUUUGACAACGACAGCAGCAUCUGGAACUUCCCGCCCAACCGAGAGAUCUCCCGAAACGAGUCGCCGUACAGCAUGACCACGAAGCCCGGCGGCGCGCCGGGAGGCCACGAGAACUUCCCCUCACCACAGGGCGGCUCGCUCCAAGUGGCCAUCCCCGACUCAGUCCUGACCCCGCCAGGAACCGAGGGAGGAGGAGGAGGAGGAGGAGGAGGAGGUGCGAGGAAGCCUCCUCCUUACAACGGAAACUCAGCGCUUUCUUCCGCUUCCAACGGCGCCAGUUUGGCGCUUCCCUCCAGCGGCGCCUCGUCAGCAGACCCUCUGUCCCCUCCGCUGUCCGCCUCGCCGCGGGACAAACAACAAGGCACUCCCACAACCUCUUCCUCCUCCUCCUCCUCCUCCUCUUCCUCAUCCUCAUCGACCUCUUCCUCCUCUUCGCUGCUGUACUCCGGCGAUCUGGAGGCUCUGCAGCGUCUCCAGGCCGGUAACGUCGUGCUCCCGUUGGUGCACCGGGUCACGGGGACUCUGGCGUCCACCGGCACGACCUCUCCGCGGGUCUACACCACCGGGACCAUCAGGUACGCGCCGGCAGACGUCACUCUGGCCAUGGCGCAAGGCAACCUGCUCCCGAACGCCGCCAUGAACUUCGUGGACAGCUCCGGGUUCGGCCUGGACCCCAAGACGCCGAUGGAGAUGCUGUACCACCACGUUCACCGGCUCAACAUGUCGGCCGCGGCGGCCGCCGGUCCGUUCGUCGGGUCUCCGGCGGCCGGAGCGGGCGGGAACGGCGCCCUGGGAGGCCAGAUGGCGAGCGCGGCCAACGUUUUCACCACGGCGGAGGGACUUUUUUCCACGCUACCGUUCCCGGUGUACAGCAACGGGAUCCACGCCACGCAGACGACGCUGGAACGGAAGGAGGAUUAACGCAAAGCGCUCAAGACCGCAUUACUGUGUUUGUUUUUUUUUCCGGAACCAACGAACUGUGUCAGAUUUAACUAAGACUUCAACUCGCUCGUGAAAAUAAAAACGAAAAAAGAGAAAUAAAACAAAGACUAUUUUAUCUUCUUUUUAUCAACACAGCACUGUGUGUUUUUUUUUUUUUUUUCGAGAGGGGAGAAAGGACAGGAAAGGACGACAUAUGUACUCUAGCACUUUGAAUCUGAGCAACUGAGCUUGUGUAAUAGACAUGAAUGACCCUCAAACAUGUCCACGCCCCCUUUUUAAUCUAUCUUUUUUCCUCUCUCUCUCCUCCUCCUCAUCCUCCUCUUCUCUGCCUCUCUGUCUCUCUCUUUCUCUCUCUCUCUCUCUCUCUUUUUGCUCCUGUUUCUUGCGAUCAGCAACAGUUUUUCUCUCGGAUCAAAAUGAACAACAGGACACAAAAAAAACAACUAUUCUUUAAUGUGAAGAAAUCCAUUUUUUAUUUUUUUUUUGGCCUA